AUGAAUACCACAGAAAGAGAACUCCAACCCGGCUUCAGGAGGAGCCAUAUGACAUCCGUAAAGGGACCGAGAACUAGAAGCGUUGUAACAUUUAAUCCAACAACGAUUGGUCCAGGUGAAGAGCUGUACAUUAACAUCCCCAAACUAAAGUCCGACUCUUGCCUAGUUCCAGGAUCGCUUGCACUACUAUUUGACUUCAAAAAUUCCAAUACAAAGAGCCGAUUUAAUAAUAACCUAGCUAAGUUGAUAGCUAAACGUCUUCAGAUUAAAGUAGCAGGUGAAACAGCUUAUGACUGUUCAGGAGAGAGUUUGUACGAAAUAUACAAAGAUCUAUGGCUAACACUAGGCGACAGAAAUAAGAUGACUGAACAGGGUCUUGCAAGUGAGAAUCUCAGGAAGUUAAUAUCAGGUGAUGACUCAGGAGUAAAAGUAGGUGAUGCCGGUAAAGUAGCAGAUGGACUUCUCCACAGUGUGUACGGUUCUAAGCUUAGAAAACCAAUUGAUAAAAUAAUUGCAGACCACGGACUCUACACACCGUUCUCCAUGAAUAACAAUCCUAUGUACAUCCUCACACUCCCGCAAUCAGAUGAAAUUAUGACCGCCCAGGGAGGUGAAGCUAAGGGUAAUUAUAAACUGGACAAUCUUGAGUUAGAAUACGAGACCAUUGAGAAUGACGCCCUUGCAAGUGAAGUAUCAAGGUUGUAUUGA